AUGUCUGCAGAGCGCCGCGGGGAAGAGUCCUCCAGGCGUUUGAGGGAGUUCCUGAGCCGGCAGGGAACACAGUUUAACUGCGACCCCAGCGGCUUCACGGUCCACGUGGACGUGAAGCUCUUCAGCCCGGAGGACCUGCUGGUCAAGGUCAGCGGAGACUUCGUGGAGGUCCAGGGGAAGCACGAAGAGAAGAAGAAGGACGGAUCCGGCACCAUGACCCGACAGUUCAGUCGCCGCUACCUCAUACAAGGGGGAGUGGACACCAUGGCGCUGGAGUCCACCGUCUCCCCGGAGGGCAUCCUCAUCAUCUUCGCUCCGAUGCUCCGAUGGUCAUUGUAAAUAUAAUGUAUUCAGAACUAACAAAUUUGUUUUGGCGAGACAAUCCAUGCAAGAUAUUGUUUGACAAUAUGGAGACAAACAAAGAGAUCGUUCAAAAGUUAAUGUUUUAAUUUAUAUUUGUCAUGGCAUCUUUAUAAAUAUGUGAUACAAAUGCACUCUUUAUGUAUAAUAUUAAAAAACAAAAGUAUUGCAAGUG